CCCACCACUCCACGCACGCACCCGACCUCCCACCUCGCAUGAGCGCGAGCGACGGCCUCCAGCCAGCCGCAAUGGCGGAACCGCCGGCGGCGCCACCGCAGCCCCUGCCGCCGCUCCCCCAACCCCCACCAAUGCCACAGAUUCCCGUCGCCGCUGCGCCUCAAAGCUUCUCGCCCACCUCAUCUUCGGCGUUCUCCAGGAGACGCCUCAUGGCGGAACCGCCGCCGGCGCUUCCCCUGCCCCUGUCGCACGGUCCUGUCUCCGCCGCGCUUCUAGCCCUCUCGUCCACCGCAUCUUCGACGCCCCCCACACAUGGGCUAGCAACGCCAACCACUCGCAGCGCCCAAGUCGCCCAGAACCCUAGGAUUGGGGAUUCCGGCGAGGUGGAGAGCAGGGUUGUGGCGCCGACGGCCGAAGCCCUCCCCAAAAUCAACUCUACUGUGGGCGCACUUGUUGGAGCCCCUCUGCCCCAGAUUUCCAUGGCCUGUGAGGUGCUAUUUGUGCUAGGAUGAUCCAGUCUUGUACUUACACAGUAGAGGUGAAGGUUUGUUGCAGUGGAACCAAAAUCAAUGGGGAUUCUACAUUCAUUUGACAGAUUCUUGAAGGGCUUAUUCUCGUCGGGCGAACAAGACAGGCUGUAAAUGGAGAAUUCAUGUUGGGAGGUUGGAUGACCGAGAAACUAUGGAGGUCAAAGUUCAUGUGCAGGAGCACACAUGUUCUAGCACAAAGAACAAAAAGAAGCAGAAAAAUGCUUCAAAGGCAUGGGUAUGUGAGAAAGUCAUGGACUGGGUAAAAGAAGAUCCUAGUGUUCGGCCCAUGGAAUUACGCAGGAGGCUACAUGACAAGUACAAGAUCAAGGUCCAAUACACAAAAGUAUUCCGUGGCAAAGGGCUAGCAAUGGCUAAGUUGUUUGCUAAUUGGGAUGAUUCUUUUGACAAGCUAUAUGCUUGGAAAGCUGAGGUUGAGAAGAGGUCUCCUGGAAGUAUAGUUGCGAUUGACCACAUGGAGUACGAUCAAAUUUUUUUUUCAUACGGAUGUUUGUUGGGCUGAAGCCUUUUGCGAUGGAUUCUUGGCUGGCUGCAGACCUUACUUGGCGAUAGAUAGCACCCAUUUGAUAGGCAAGUAUAGAGGCCAAUUAGCUAUUGCUUAUGCUAUUGAUGGGCACAAUUGGUUGUACCCUGUGGUCUAUGGAGUUAUCGACUCGAAAACUACUGAAAGUUGGGUUUGGUUUUUGGAGAAGCUUCGUGAUGCUAUUGGCUCUCCCCCCGGUCUAGCUAUAUGUUCAGAUGCAGGAAAAGGGAUUGACACUGCAAUCGAACAGGUAUUUGGGUAUGCAGAACAUAGAGAAUGCAUGCGACACUUGGUUGUGAACUUCAAGAAAAAAAUUCAUGGUAAAGUUUUUGAUGAUCAUUUGUGGCCAGCUGCUUAUUCAUGGACUCCUCGAGGGUUUGACUAUCACAUGGCAGCCAUAAAGGAGAAAAAGGCUGCUGCAAUAGCAUACUUAAAAAAGUAGCACACCAGGCUAUGGUCAAGGAGCAAAUAUUCAACCUCCUCAAAAGUGGAUUACGUGACAAAUAAUUUGGCCGAGUGUUUCAACAACUGGAUCCGCAGGCACAAAGGUUUAAUGUUGUUUCAGCUCAUGGACAAGAUCAGGAGAAAGAUUACGGUGAAGUUUGAGAAGAGGAGAAGGGUAGCUAGAAAAUUUCAAGGUCGGCGUAUACUUCCAAGUGUCAUGAAGGAGUUGAAUGACAUAAGCAGGGGGCUGGACAUUGAAUAUGAGAGAAUAGAUGACAUGAUUGCAGAGGUGAGUGAGAGUGUUGCGCUAGGUGGCAAGUGCCAUGUCACUGAUCUAGCAAAUAGGACAUGCACAUGCAGGGCAUUUCAAGUCUCGGGGAAGCCUUGUAAACAUGCAAUUAGCUUUAUUACUGGAAUUAGGGGGGUCACAAUAGAACACUUCGUUGAUGAUUGUUACAGCGUUGCCAAGUUCGCUGCAGCUUAUGCUCCUAUUCUUCCUGGCCUAACCGACAUGUCUCAAUGGCCAAGUGUCAACAAAGAAUUCUUCUUGAACCCCCCAAUCCUUAGGAGGGCCCCUGGGAGACCAAAGGUACAGAGGCAGAAAAGUGGUGCUGAGAAUAGCAAGGGAAAGGGAAAGAAAGGCCAACACCAAUGUCCAAUUUGCAAAGCUUAUGGACAUAGAUGGCAAAGCUGCAAAGAUGCUGCUCCUGAAGCACUAGAAGCCUAUGCAGAAGUAGCAAAGCAAAAAAGGGACAAAAGAAAGAAGAAAUCCAUUACAAAAGCUAUUUGUACAACAUCAGAUCAAGCAACCAAUGGUACACUACCUCUACUUCCGUGUCCAAGUGAAAAUGAAACUGCACUAGCUCUACUUUCAUGUCCAAGUGAUGCAAUUCAAGACGAUGUUGCCAAGUCUACAUCAUCGAAGAGUACCUCGAAAUCUAGAAGAUCAAAGGUCAUAUCUGUUGUGCCUGACAGCCCUGCAAUGGGAACUCGAAGCAAGAAGAGAGCUGCGCCUAACAGCCAAGCAAUGGCCAGUCGAAGCAAAAAAAAGUUGAAGUUGUGAAAUUCUUUAAAAUCUCGCGUAUUAUCUGUAUCGCAGCUCUUAAUCUGUAUGUUAUUUUAUUUAGAGAUUUGCUUGUGUGAACAAGAUAUUUCGGUUGUGGUAUUUUGGUUCUGGACGAUGUGAACUUGCUACUGAUUGUGCGAGAUUUAAUAUGGUGUUUCCUGAAUCUCUUCAAAAUGAUUUGAAUUGUCUUGAGUA